UUCACUUUUUGCUGCUGCUCUAGCGUGCAAACGGAAUUCAGAAUGCCCAACCAAUUCAUUCGUCGAAUAAACGUCGACGCUGUAAGUCGGUUUGCCGGAGAACGUUCGUUUGCUUGCGAUACUUUCACCCCGAUGUGUUUUGUGUGUAAGAAUUAAAUUCAAAAAUAUAAAUAGUGUUGAGAUUUAACAUAACAACAAUAGUAAAUAAAAUUGAAUAUAUUUUAUUUGUAUCCAGCUUUUAUAAGCCAGUGAAAUCAAACCACUUGUCACUUGUGAUAAAAAUCAAAUAUACAUAAAAGUAUCUUUUGGUGAACAUCUACAAGUUUAGAUCUUGUAGAUAGAUUUCCUUACGUACCAAUUAUAGAUAGUAUAUACGAGUAUGCCGGUCGGUUGAAGUCUACUUUACUUAUCUAUCAGAAAGAGUGAAAUAUUUAACCACUUUAAUAUCUAUAAACAAAUCGGCACAAGAGUGAUUUAUAUCUAUUUACCUACCGCUGCCUACCUGCCGUGCGUCGACUACCGAAUAUACUACCAAUUCUCGCUGAAUCUUAAAUUUAAUCAAAUCUCCGAUAAUAUUUUUGCUUGAAAUUCGCAAAAAGUAAACAAAUAAACAAAAUCCAAGCUAAAGUUCAUUACGUGAUAUAAUUAACGUUAAAUUGUAGGUGUAUCUUCAAGCUUCUAUAUAGAAUAAAAAAAAAAAAAACAAAACACGUUCCACAAAAGUAUCCAUAUAUACAAAAUUAAAGAAGAAAACUAACCUACUUGAGAAUAUCUUUUUUUGAAAAAGUUCGUCACAAUUGUCGCUGAGAGCUCAAUAUACAUGAUGACGAUGGACGUCACCAAAACGGAACCCUCUGCGGGUCCUAAUAAUCCCAACAACAAUAAUCAACUCUGUGCCGGAUGCGGCAAACACAUCCAGGACAGAUAUUUGCUGCGGGCCCUGGAUAUGCUUUGGCAUGAAGAUUGCCUGAAGUGUGGUUGCUGUGAUUGCCGACUGGGUGAAGUCGGCUCCACUCUAUAUACCAAAGGCAAUUUAAUGCUUUGCAAAAGGGACUAUUUAAGAUUGUUUGGAAAUACGGGCUAUUGUGCUGCUUGCAGCAAAGUUAUACCAGCUUUUGAAAUGGUUAUGAGAGCAAGAACGAAUGUCUACCAUCUCGAGUGUUUUGCGUGUCAGCAGUGUAAUCAUAGGUUCUGUGUUGGUGAUCGCUUUUAUUUAUGUGAAAAUAAGAUCCUUUGCGAAUACGAUUACGAAGAACGAUUAGUUUUCGCUUCGAUGGCUAAUCAUCCAAUGCUGAAGCGUCACGCCAGCUCCAUCGGCCAAAAUUCUCCUUCGGCUGGUGGAGGUGGUGGUGGCUUAUUGGGCGGAGCAAAUGGUCAAGUUGGCAGUCAAAAUGGACCUCGCACACCAGGUGACCACAAUAACAACAACAACGGACCUCAAACACCUACAAAUGGCAGCCCCUUUGGAGCUCAAUCGCACAUGAAAAGUGCCCUUGGGGCGUCCAGCUAAAAGAAAGCCCACGAUGGGCUGCCAAAGCGGUACCAAAGAAAAUUUUAUGCUAGAGAUUGACCAACCAUUGAACGAUAUUGAAGUCGUGAGUCAAUACUGCAGUAAAUAAAGGAUAUACAUACAUAAUUUUACUGUCGAUGGACCCCAGCAACAAAAUAUAAACUAAUUAAAAAUUAUGUAGUUAAUUUUUCUUUUAAUUAAUAAUUAAAAUUAUUAUUUGUUAUAAUAAAUUUUGUAUAUAUUACGUGUAUAUGAAAAUGAUAAAUGUGCAAUGCUAAAGUUGGGGUAAGAUAAUAUUCUUCAUAAAACUUCGAAAAGUCUGUGCCAAAUAUUAUUAAAAAAACAACAACAAAAAAAAACUAAUUUUAUUUUGUAUUAGUCAUCCCCACCGAAGUUUAACUGUGAAAUUCUUGAAGAUUUAUAAAAGAAAAAAACAAACAAAUAAAGUUCACAAGAUUCCAUCGUCCUCUAAAAAGAAGGAGAUAAUAAUUAUCUUAUAUUAAGUGUAAAUAAUUAAAUUGUUAUUUAUUUUUUAAGUUAUUCUAUACGAGGCUGCAAAUAUAUAAAAAAAAACAAAAAUCUUAAUAUUCAAAAAUAAAUAAAUAUAAAUUAAACUAAAAGAAUUAAUAACUUGUAAUUGUUAUUCGUUUUGAAAAUAUUUUUUGUUUCUUUAAUCAAGUGGAGAUGUUUUGGUACGUUGUGACACCAUCACACAUAACACUUUAAAACAUUGUACAUAAUAAAUAUUUUAAUGUAGAUAAUCAAUAUUAAUUAAAAAUAAAAGAUUGUGAGUCAAAAAUUCUCAUUAAAAUCAAAUAUUUAGUGUAUGUAAAAAAUACUCAUUUCGAGAUUAAACUAAUAUUGACCUAUUUUAUUCAAUACUAAUUUUAUAAAAAAGAACACACAAAUAUUAAAUGGAACAAUGUGAAUGGAAUCCAUAUAGUAAAUUGAUGUUUUUAAAUUGGAAACUAUGA